CACAUCGAUGACAGGCGCAUGCGCAUUAACGGUUGGUGAGGAGCAGGUCGGAGCGCUGCGUCUUGCCAUGAGUGCCAAAGUGAAUGUGGACGUCCUGCCAAAAGAUGCAGAUGCUGCUUCCCCCGAAAGCAAUGGCACAUUUCCCUCCAAGGACAGUUUAUCUCAGCGCCCGAGACCCCAAAAUACCACCACCAUCAUUUUACCAGCUUCCGCUCAUCCAGUGCCGAAGGUGGAUGUGUCCCAAAACGCUGGAAAGGAAGUGAAGGGAAGCGGGUCCAGCAGCCUGGAGACUGCCUCAUUGGCUGCCCAGGUGGGCGGCACAUGUAGUAUUGUCCAUGUUCUGGAGUGGAAAGAAGGCAUGGCCAUCCUUCCAGGCAGCAAUCUGAAGCUGUGUGUCAGUGACAGCGGCACGCUUGAGGUGAUCACUCAGGGGAAAGUGGGUACAGCUAACUCGCUUACUGAUGGAGCUGCAGCCAAGGCAGAUGGAGAUCACAAACAAGCUGCGAAACCUGGUCCAGAUACAUCAGCAGAUGUCUCGGUGCAUAGUGUUGCGGGUCCUGCUGCCUCUGUAGAGGGUGGUCGCCACAUGAAGCCGAGCGUGGAGGCCCUGGAGGUUUCAGUCCAGCGGAAGAGUGAGCAGGUUACCAAACGGGCCUAUCCUGAGGAGCUACGCCGGGAACCAGUUGCAGAAAACUCCACAGGUAUUGAGAGGGUUCAGGAGGGGCAAGUGGCCUCUCGUGUCCCUGAACUACUGAAGCCAAUGAAGAAGAAGAGAAGGAGGGAUUAUUUAAGCCCCUCUGAGGAAGACUCCGAGGCUGAGGCAAUGGAGGAGAAAGCUGAAGACUCGAAAACAGAUGGAGGGCAGGGAAAAGCAGGCAUGACAGAUGCUAAAGCUGAGUCGUGGUCGUGGCCGCAGUAUCUGGAGGAACAGAAGGCAGUGGCAGCUCCACCCAAACUCUUCCAAGAGUCACAGAGAGUUCCUGAAUGUCCAAAUAACUUUCGCCAAGGCAUGAAGUUGGAGGGCAUUGACCCCCAGCACCCCUCCAUGUACUUCGUACUAACAGUGGCUGAGGUUUGUGGCUACAGACUACGUCUUCAUUUUGACGGCUACUCAGACUGCCAUGACUUUUGGGUCAAUGCUAACUGCCCAGAUAUUCACUCUGCUGGAUGGUGUGAGAGCACAGGACACAAACUGUACACUCCUAAAGGUUAUAAGGAGGAGGAGUUUUCCUGGGCAAGCUACUUAAAGCUAACCAAAGCACAAGCCGCCCCAAAAGAACUGUUUACUAGCCCAGGCGAAACAGAUAAGGAUUGUGGGUUUGAGGUUGGCAUGAAGUUAGAAGCUGUUGACCGCAUGAACCCCUCUCUCAUUUGCGUCGCUACGGUAACGGAUGUGGUGGGAAACCGCUUUCUAGUUCACUUCGAUAACUGGGAUGACACCUACGACUACUGGUGUGAUGCUCGAAGUCCAUAUAUUCACCCUGUUGGCUGGUGCCAAGAAAGAGGCCUGCCACUCACCCCACCACAAGACUAUCCUGAACCAGGCAAGUUUUCAUGGGAGAGAUACUUGAAUGAGACCGGCUCUACAGCUGUGCCUGCUGAGGCCUUUAAAGUGCGGCCUCCACAUAGUUUCCAGGUCAAUAUGAAGCUGGAGGCUGUGGAUAAGAGGAGUCCAGCACUGAUCCGGGUUGCCACCGUGCAGGAGGUGGACACACACAGGAUUAAGAUCCAUUUUGAUGGCUGGAGUCAUGUGUAUGACGAGUGGAUGGACUCGGACCACCCUGACGUCCACCCUGCAGGCUGGUGUGAAAGCACAGGCCACUCUCUCAAACCCCCGCCCUGCAUCUCCAGCACCCAGCAGCCUGGCCCUAAGGAGAACACACCUGCAGGGCAACCCAGCUACACAUCUACACCCUGUAAAACUGUCCCACAUUCCCGCAACACUUCUAAGUACAGCUUCCACCACAGGAAAUGUCCCACUCCUGGGUGUGAUGGGUCAGGACAUGUGACCGGGCGUUUUACAGCGCAUCACUGUAUAUCGGGCUGCCCACUUGCUGAAAGGAAUCAGGGCAGGGUCAAAACUGACCUCUCAGACACAGAGGGGUCCAAGCGCAACCUCCUCGUCUUUGGCCAGAGGGCUAAAAAGUCACGCUACCAUGGAAGGAUUGGCCGCCCCCCAAAAUAUCGAAAGAAUCAGCAAAGAAACUAUCAGAACAUGUCUACAGAAAGCAUGUAUCCCUCCCUGUUCAUGUCGGCUUUGACAGCCAGUUCGGAUCGCACUCUCUCUCUUUGCUGGGAGCAACACUGCAAGUUACUGCCUGGUGUUGCUGGAAUCCACGCAAGCCAAGUAGCUACAUGGACUGUAGAAGAGGUUUUUGGCUUUGUGCAAAAUCUUAUAGGUUGUGAGGAGCAGGCCCGGCUGUUCAAAGACGAGAUGAUCGAUGGAGAGGCCUUCCUCCUGCUGACUCAGACUGAUAUUGUGAAGAUAAUGAGCAUCAAGCUAGGACCUGCCCUGAAGAUCUACAACGCCAUCCUGAUGUUCAAAAGUACUGAUGAAGGACUGUAGUGGAACUGUGCGACACUUCAGACCUGUGUGACGUGCCCAUCCAUUCAGAUUCCAUGACCCAUCAUGUGUUUGGUGUUUACCACUGUCCCCACCAGAGAGAGAGAGUGCGAGAGAAAGAGAUGGAAAAAAAAACACCAGACAGGAAAAAGUAGGUGCAUGUGAAGUGUGACUGAGCCCACAGUACGUUGUGAAAAAAGUGAUGCAUUGAAUUUGCUUGAUUCAGAUGCAUCAUCAUUUCCACAAAUUACAUUAAAUCAACAGUUUUGUCUUUUACUUAAUUUUGCAAAAAUUGCAUUGAUAUA